CCCGCCCCGCCCCGAGCGCAGGCCGCCAUGGCGCUGGACCACCGGCGCGUGCCGGGCCCGGAGGAGUCGCAGGCCCCGCUGCUGUACGCGGCGCCCGGCGAGGCGGACGCGGAGGCGGAGGCGGAGGCCCCGGGCCGGGAGGCGGCGGCGCUGCGGCCGCUGCUGGCGCGGGCCGGGCUGCUGAGCCAGGCCGAGGGCUCGGCCUACGUGGAGCUGAGCGGCGGCACCAAGGUGCUGUGCGCCGUGCGCGGGCCGCGGGAGGCGGCCGAGGGCCGCGGCCGGCUGCUGUGCGAGUUCCGCCGCGCGCCCUUCGCCGCCCGCGGCGCGCGCCCGCGGCCCGGCCCCGCCGCCGCCGCCCGCGAGCGCGAGCUGGGCCUGGCGCUGCAGGAGGCGCUGGCGCCGGCCGUGCGCCUGGCGCGCUACCCGCGCGCGCGCCUGGAGCUCACGGCGCUCGUGCUGCAGGACAGCGGCUCGGCGCUGGCGGCCGCGCUCUCCGCCGCCGCCCUGGCGCUGGCCGACGCGGGCGUGGAGAUGUUCGACCUGGUGGUGGGCUGCGGCCUGUGCCGCGCGCCCGGGCCCGGCGGCGCCUGGCUGCUGCAGCCCAGCGAGGCCGAGGAGCGCGCGGCCGCCGCCCGCCUCACCGUGGCGCUCAUGCCCGGCCUCCACCAGGUGGCCGGGCUGCUGGGCAGCGGGCAGGGCGGCGCGCCCGAGAGCUGGGCCCAGGCCCUGCGCCUCGGCCUGGAGGGCUGCCAGCGCCUCUACCCGCUGCUGCGGCGCAGCCUGCUCCGCGCCGCCGAGCGCCGGGCGGCCGGGGGCCCGCGGGCCGCCGGGGCCAGCGCCUGAGCCGCGCGGCCGGGACCCCCUGCUCCCCCGGGCCGGGACCCUCGGCUCCCCCGGGAAACGGAUCCGCCCCCCGGCUCCCCCGGGAAACGGAUCCGUCCCCCUGCUCCCCCGGGCCGGGACCCCCUGCUCCCCCGGGAAACGGAUCCGACCCCCUGCUCCCCCGGGCCGGGACCCCCGGCUCCCCCGGGAAACGGAUCCGCCCCCCUGCUCCCCCGGGCCGGGACCCCCUGCUCCCCCGGGAAACGGAUCCGACCCCCUGCUCCCCCGGGCCGGGACCCCCGGCUCCCCCGGGAAACGGAUCCGCCCCCCUGCUCCCCCGGGCCGGGACCCCCUGCUCCCCCGGGAAACGGAUCCGACCCCCUGCUCCCCCGGGCCGGGACCCCCUGCUCCCCCGGGAAACGGAUCCGCCCCCCGGCUCCCCCGGGAAACGGAUCCGCCCCCCUGCUCCCCCGGGCCGGGACCCCCUGCUCCCCCGGGAAACGGAUCCGACCCCCUGCUCCCCCGGGCCGGGACCCCCUGCUCCCCCGGGAAACGGAUCCGACCCCCUGCUCCCCCGGGAAACGGAUCCGACCCCCUGCUCCCCCGGGCCGGGACCCCCGGCUCCCCCGGGAAACGGAUCCGGCCCCCGGCUCCCCCGGGAAACGGAUCCGCCCCCCGGCUCC